UUCUCCUGCUUCAUCUACAACGUGCAUUUCAUGAACUGCAGCUGGACAAAGGGCCCAGCGGCCCCUGACGACGUCCAGUAUUUUCUAUAUGUCCAGGACUCAAAGAAGCAGUGGGGGAGAGAGUGUCCUCACUACGUUCGGGAGUCGGGCACCCACGUGGGCUGUCACGUGCCGGACGUGUCGUCAUGGGCGUCUCAGGCGUACUUCCUGGUGAACGGCACCAGCCGCCACGCGAAGAUCCAGUUCUUCGACUCUUUUCUCUGGUUGAAGACAAUAGAGAGAUGCAACCCGCCCGGCAACAUCAGCGUGCUCUGCAACGCGACGCACUGCCGCAUCCUCUGGGAGAAGCCGCGCACGCGCCGCCGCCUGUCGGACCGGGAUUUCCAGUACCAGCUGCAGGUGCAGCAGGAGGUGCGCAUGCGCGUGCGGCGUGCGGGGCGCCGCGCCCCGAGGACCCAGGGCCCGGGACACCGGUCGGGGCUGCGCGGCUGCACCGCGGGGCUGCGGGUCGGGGCGGUUCCGGAGCGGCGGACACCGACGCGGCGGCAACAAACGCACGGCCGCAGAGCCCAGCGGCCCGACGAUGUGGAGCGGGCCAAAAGCCAACUGAUUGAGCUGCCGGGUGAUUUGGGGAACAAGUACCACCUGCUGAGCCCGCAGCCCAGAGCCGCACACACGCUGAGGAUCAGGGCCGCGGACACCCGGGUCCUGCAGUGGAGUGCCUGGAGCCAGCCCGUCACGUUCGGCUCCCAGGAAUCGAGAGGCAGGUUUGUGUACGUCUACGUGCUCGUGGUCUUGGGGACCGUUGUCUGCGUCCUGGCCGUCAGCUGCCUUAUCCAAAGGUAA